AUGCCACCCAAAAGAGGUUCUCUUCCUUUGACCCCGUGUACACACACACACCUUCUCACCACACCCCUCGCCUCCCAAACCCAAUUCUCUCGCAUCUCUCCUUCGCGUCGUGCAGCUGCUACUACUUCUACCGGUACACGUAGAGCUGCUGUUACAGAUGCAUCUCUGAGUGGAUUCGCUUCAGAAAUAGAAUUCGCAUCUACUUUCCCUGGUCCAUUGGUGCUGGAGGGUGAUGAUUUGGCGACUGAUCCGAAACAGACGGGACAGACGUUUAGGGGAUGGAAAAGGGAGAAGCAAAGGAAUCUAGUGCCUUCGGAAAGUCCUCUGGCAAGGGGGAAAGAGGGGAGAGGAGCAAGGAGGAUAAUUUAUGUUGUGGGGCCACCUGGGGUUGAUGGGGAGGGGGUAGAGGGGUUUAUGAGGGGAUGGGAUGAGUGCGAGAUUAAGGACGGUGGGGAAGGAAAGAGAGACAGAAACGGCAGAAAUAUCCGAAAAGAGAAAUGCAAAACGAACAACUGGAUACCAGAUGUCAUUUCGUACCUCCAAGCAUUCUACCACGGCCUCCCCGUAAAACAGCUAGAUUCCUCACUCUUACAUUUCACACCCUGGGAAGACGCCAAACCAAAAUUAUCCCACCCAAACUCACAAUCUAAAUCUAAAACCAGAUCCCAGAAAAUCCUUCCCGCUAAUAAAUCCACACCCAUCGGACUCCGCACCUCAACCUUCAAAACCUGUAUCCGCGCCCGCUCAACCCCCUCCGCACCAUUUUCCCACCAACUAAACCUUUCAGAUCUGCUAGAUGUCGCCAUUGAUAUUUUACCCGAAGAUGCAUAUGCGGUAUUAAUGCUCGUAAAGCAUGAUUUGUACGAAGAUGACGAUGAUGAAUUUAUAUGCGGACGAGCUUAUGGGGAGAGUAGGGUGGCGGUUGUUAGUACCGCGAGGUAUGAUCCGGGCUUGGAUAGGUUGCAGAGGGUGGAGCGGGUGCAUGCUUGGCCGGGGAGUCAUUGUGUGGAGUAUAUGGGGGAGAUGUGUGGGGUUGGGAAGGGGGGAAAGAGGAAGAGGAAGAGGGAGAGCGUGGGAGAUGAGGAGUUUGCGGUGGAGGGAAGUCCUUUGGUUCAGGCGGUUAAGCUUCAAAAUACUCUCGUUCCACUAUCGCCAAAUCCCUCACUAGAUGCAUUAAAAGGCCUCUAUCUCUCUCGUAUCUGCCGCACGGCAUCCCACGAAUUAGGUCAUUGUUUCGGCAUCGAUCAUUGUAUUUAUUACGCAUGCUGUAUGCAAGGCAGCGCAUCGAUAAUAGAAGAUGCACGUCAACCUCCAUAUCUCUGUCCAAUCGAUCUUGCCAAAGUGGUGAAGGCAACGGGGGCGGAUGUCAAGGAGAGAUAUGAAGUCCUGUUGGACUUUUGUACAAAACAUGGGGAUGCGCAUAUGUUUGUUGCGUUUGGAGAGUGGAUUCGGGCGAGGUUGGGACAGACGGAAUUAUUGAAUAGGUUAGAGUAG